AUGAGUUCACAAUCCCAUCCUACAAUUAAUGGACCGGUGACCAUGUUUUCAGCAUAUGGAGAUUUUAGUGUAUUUUCGAGGCGAUUAAGAAAGGGGUGUCAGAGCAUAGGUGUCAAACUUGUAGGUGUUCCCAACGAUGCUGCCUACAAGAAAAUUUUGGGCGACAUGUUCUCUUUUGCUCUCGAAAAUCGCGAGCCCUCAUCAAUCUUGUUAAUCUCGGGAGACAGAGAUUUUGCUCCUGCACUUCAUGUACUAGGUCAACGUGGAUACACUAUUAUCCUUGUUAUUCCAUUGAGGGUGGGAGUCUCGUCGGCUCUGAGUAAUGCAAUGAUGUCAGAUUCUACAUUUGAAUGUAAUGAUAAUUUAGUAUCAGAAUCUAUGACUUCGACAUCACAAAGUCUUACAUGUACCUUGGACAAAGUUUCAGCAGGUGCACUUGCUUCUAGUGACCAGAAUGACUUGACCCGGGUACAACGGAGGGAUCUAAAUGCUUUGCGGGGACAACUCGUAAAGUUGCUUGAAUUGUCAGGGGGAUGUUUACCUCUAAUCCGGCUUCCUGUAGUAUACCACAAAAUGUACGGAAGGUCUCUUUGUGUUUUCGAAUAUGGGACAUCGAAACUUUCAAGACUUCUAAAAAAGAUGGAUGAUUUGAUGACUGUCCAAGAAAAAUUAAAAUUUAUUGUUGAUCUUAUAAAAGAGUAA